AUGCACCCGGCCGUGGCGGUGGGGCGGGUGUUCGGCGGCUGCUGCAGCAACGUGGUGUUCCUGGAGCUCCUGGUCAGGCAGUUUCCAGGAUGUGGGAACAUCGUGACCUUCUCCCAGUUCUUCUUUAUCGCGGUGGAAGGCUUCAUCUUCGAAGCCAACUUUGGGAGGAAGCAGCGGGCCAUACCAAUAAGGUACUAUCUCAUCAUGGUGGCUAUGUUCUUCACAGUGAGCGUGGUGAAUAACUAUGCCCUGAACUUAAAUAUCGCCAUGCCCCUGCACAUGAUCUUCAGAUCAGGGUCUCUCAUAGCAAGCAUGGCUCUAGGCAUCAUCAUUUUGAAAAAAAGAUACAGCAUCUCUAAAUAUGCAUCCAUAGCCCUGGUGUCCGUGGGGAUCUUCACCUGCACUUUCAUGUCUGCGAAGCAAGUGGCAUCUGACUCCGGUUUAAGCGAAGAGGACGGGCUCUGGGCGUUCCUGUGGUGGCUGCUAGGAAUCGCUGCACUCACCUUCGCCCUCCUCAUGUCUGCCAGGAUGGGGAUUUUCCAGGAGACGCUGUAUAAGCAGUUUGGGAAGCACUCCAAAGAGGCCCUGUUUUACAAUCACGCGUUGCCGCUCCCAGGCUUUCUCCUCCUCGCCCCGAACAUCUACCACCACGCAGUCCUCUUCAGCCAAUCUGAGCCAUUUCAGGUCCCAGUGAUCGGGGUGACCCUGCCAAUCAUGUGGUUCUACCUCCUCAUGAACGUCAUCACUCAAUACGUCUGCAUCCGGGGCGUCUUCAUCCUCACCACGGAGUGCACCUCGCUCACGGUCACGCUGGUGGUGACGCUGCGCAAGUUCGUCAGCCUCAUCUUCUCCAUCCUCUACUUCCGCAACCCCUUCACGGCCUGGCACUGGCUGGGCACCUUCUUUGUCUUCGUGGGCACCCUCAUGUACACGGAGGUCUGGAACAGCCUCGGGCCGCUCCUGGCGCGCGCGAGGAAGAGGCCCAAGCAGGAGUAGCGCCCGGGGACUCUCCGCAGGGACCUUUUUAG